UAUAUAUAUCUAUCUACUCCAAGCCAUCCCAGCGCAUCGAGCUUCGAUCUAGACUCUCGAGUUCCAUUCCUCCUGCACUCUCUCCUGCUUAACCGAACAGACAUGGCUUCACGCAUCCUCCUCCUUGCUUUCCUUGCGCUGGUUUCUUCUCACGCAAUUGCUUCUGAUCCUAGUCCCCUCCAGGACUUCUGUGUUGCUGACAAAACGUCCCAUGUAUUUGUCAACGGUCUUGCGUGCAAGAACCCAAACGAUGUCAGAGCUGAUGAUUUCUUCUUCUCCGGCCUCGACAGGCCUGGCGACACUGCAAACAAACUUGGAUCGAAUGUGACUUUAGUUAAUGUGGAGAAAAUUGCAGGGCUCAACACCCUUGGCAUCUCAUUGGCUCGCAUAGACUUUGCUCCUUAUGGCCUGAACCCACCUCACAUCCACCCUCGGGCGACAGAGAUUUUGACGGUGUUGGAAGGCUCACUCUAUGUGGGUUUUGUGACUUCCAACACGGACAACCGUCUCUUUGCCAAAGUCAUCAACAAGGGUGAUGUGUUCGUGUUCCCCCAAGGUCUAAUUCACUUCCAGUUCAACUACGGGACGAAGAAUGCUGUUGCUAUUGCCGCAUUGAGCAGCCAAAACCCUGGUGUGAUCACUGUAGCCAAUGCGGUGUUUGGGUCGAAGCCGCCCAUCUCUCGUGACGUUCUUGCAAAGGCCUUUCAGGUGGACAAGAAGACUAUUGACUGGCUGCAGGCUCAGUUCUGGAUGGACAACAACAACUGAUAACUCUUUCUUUGCUACACGGAUUGCUCCGCUGAUUCAUUUGUAUUAUUUUGAUUGUUACACUUAUUCAUUUGCAUUCUUUAGCACAAAUAAGCAAACAAUGAGUUGACAAUUCUACAGCAAUAAAGGCAAUUUAUUUCCCAGUAGGAGAAAGUGCUUCUUGCUUCUGUUUUUAUUUUUCCUUUUGCUGUAACAUUAGGUCAAGAUGUUUGUUGGACUUGAUAUCACAAAUUGCUUAUUCCUUUAUCCACCAACUUUAUGUUUGUGAGCGGAUAGGAUGAAUUAAGCCAUAGGCAUCAUAGAGGAAAAGAUGGAUUUUACUGAAUGGAGGACUG